AUGGAAAGUUCAGGGAAUGAGAACAGAAUUAAUGUUAACGACGAGGACGAGAAUAUUAUAUAUAAGUCGACCACAACUUCCAAUGAGUAUAUUAAAGGCAAAGGGGCCAAGAAAUACAAACAUGAAUUUCAACACUUAUUGCCAUUUAGAAGCAAAAAGGGAGAUGAAAAGGAUAUGCCGGUCGAUAACGCCUCGUGUUUGUCGUUCGUAUACUUCUCAUGGAUGACACCAAUAGUUUGGCAAUCAUUUCGAAAAGGACUCAAACAAAGCGAUGUUUAUAACUGCUCUCAAUUGGAUUCUUGUCGUAUCAAUAAUUUAAGAAUGGCUAAUAUAUGGGAAAAUGAAUGUCACAAAAAAGGAUUACAUAACGCUUCCCUUCAGACAGUGGUUUAUCGCUUCAUAAAAACACGACUAAUAAUGUCCUCGCUAUUUUAUCUCAUUUGCCUUUUAUUGGGUUAUUUAAGUUCUACACUAUUUCUUAAAAAACUUUUGGAUCACAUUGAGGCUGAUUCGGAGCCGAUGUCACAGGGAGUCAAGUGGACAAUGGCUCUGUUUCUCAGCGAAUUAGGCAGAGCUUCUUGUUUUGCUAUAAUGUAUGCCAUUUGUAUCAGAACUGCGAUCCGAACGAGUAGUGGUUUAAAUGCCCUCUUGUAUAACAAACUGUUGACUUCGAGAUCAGUCAAUAAGACAAUCGGAGAAACUGUUAAUCUGUUUGCAGUGGACAUGAAUAAAGUGUUUCAUAUGGUUUAUAUUCUUCCACUUGUAUUGGGAGGACCAAUAGUGACAGUUGUGACAGUACUGUAUACGUGGUGGUUGUUGGGAGUGUUUGCUUUGGUCGGUGUCUUCAUAUUCGUACUCAUAUUUGGUCUCCAAUUCUUAACAGCAAAGGGACAAAACUUUUAUCGAAAGAAAGUUGUGGUAAUGAGUGAUAAACGUAUUUCACUGAUGACUGAACUGUUAACAUAUAUUAAACUUAUUAAACUGUACGGAUGGGAAACAACAUUUUCAGAUUCAAUUAUAGAAUUUAGAAAGAAAGAGAAAUUAUUGCUCGAAAAGUGUCAAUACUUGCAAUGUAUCAGUACUUCUCUGUCUCUAACAACACCACUGGUCAUAACAGUGGCCACAAUACUUGCUUACACUCUCGCCAAACAGGGAGAUCUGACAGCAGCCACCGCAUUCACUCUAGUUAUGGUCAACUAUGUGGCCGCACAUGGAAUUCGUUCGCUUCCCAUAUAUCUGAGAGAUAUAGUGAACGGAAGAAUUGCUUUGAAACGUAUUGAAAGAGUACUUCAAUUUGAUGACAAAGAGAACUACAUUAGACUGACUGUCAAUCCCACGAGUUCUGUUGAAUUCAAAGGAGCCACUCUGGCCUGGGAUGCAUAUUCACCCCCUGCUAAACAUCAAUCUUUGAAUAUGGAGUCAGCAAAUGGCAGUAUAGUUCAGAGGUCGAGUACCCUGACAUCGACCUGUCUCUUUGAUUUAGAGUUUGAAAUCCCAACCGCUAAACACAUCGGUAUUAUUGGAAGUGUGGGCUCAGGAAAGACAGCACUUUUGCAUUCAAUUUUAGGUCAAAUGAGACUCAUAUCGGGAAAAGUUGGGGUCAGGGGUUCCUUAGCUUAUGUAUCACAAGAACCAUGGAUUUUGAACGCCACUGUCAAAGAAAACAUUACGUUUGGAAAUACGUUUGAUUCAAAGAGAUAUUACGAAGCCAUCAAUAACUGUGCGCUCACUCACGAUAUCUCCUCUUUGAUAGCCGAAGACGAGACAGAGAUCGGCGAGAGGGGCGUCACGUUAUCCGGGGGUCAGAAACAAAGGAUAAGCUUAGCCCGCGCUUACUUCGCUAAUAAAGAUAUCUACCUCUUGGAUGACCCCCUGGCCUCUGUUGACCGCAAUGUGGGCCAACACAUAUUCAAUCAAUGCAUUAAACAUGGUCUGAAAGACAAAACUGUUUUACUGGUCACACAUAAUAUCGAAUGCUUAGAAAAAAUGGAUUUCGUUAUCUUCUUAAGAGAAGGAAGGGUUGUUAAGACAGGUGUUCACGACCAUCUCUAUAAUAGUGAUGAAGAUUAUAAGCAAUUAAUAGAUUCAUCAACGAUGCAGUUCAAUGAAGAACCAGACGUUAACAAUACUGUGGUUACAGAUCAGAGUCCUGAAGACAGAGAUGACCCCCGUUUCUCAUCACCCGAUUGGUCGGAUGUGAAACCUCUUGCUCUGGAUGGCGACAACAGCAGUGAGGCAUCCGUUUCAGAAAUAGUUGACUUGGAAUUUAGAGAAAAUCCUGAUUCGACCGACACUUUAAUGACGGGACGCUUAAUAUUAGCUGAGAAGAUGGGAACCGGAAAUAUCUCUUGGGAUACAUAUAAGGCAUACAUAACCGCUGGCGGAGGAUAUUUCAUUGUUUCAUUUGUCAUCGGAUGGCUUGCAUUUCAAGCAAUCUCGUCAUCAUUUGCUAAUUGGUGGUUAGGCUAUUGGAUAUCACAGGGCAGUGGAAAUACUACAGCUAACCAAACCAUGGGUCACGAUAUAAUUAUAAAUAAUCCUGAUUUGAAGUUUUAUCAAACCAUUUAUGGUCUCUCUGUAGUUAUAAUAUUAUGUGUGACACUAACCCUGGGAUAUAUGUUCACUAAAGUAACUCUUAGCGCAUCCAGUCUUCUUCACGACCAAGUGUUUGAGAAAGUGUUGAAAAGUCCGAUGGCUUUCUUUGACACCGAACCCACGGGUCGUAUACUUAAUAUAUUCACACGAGAUAUGGAUGAGAUUGACACUCAGGUACCUCAAGCUUUGGAUGGCUUUUUCCAGCGCUUAAUGAUUGUUGUCUGCAAUAUAUUCAUCAUAAUUCUGGUGUUUCCCUGGUUUUUGUUGCCCUUCUCAGCACUGGUACUACUUUUCUGGCUCAUCCAUGUCAUGUUCAGGGGAGCCAUUCGGGACCUCAAGCGUAUGGAAAAUAUUCUCCGCUCUCCUAUCUAUAGCCACAUCACUGCCACCAUUGAAGGGAUUUCUAUAAUUAAAGCCUUUAAUAAGCAAAAACAGUUUAUUCAUAAAUUCAAUCAAUUAAUUGAUUCUCAAUCGGCGCCAAAUUUCCUAUACUAUUGUUCAAUGCGUUGGCUCUCGACUCGAAUGGAUAUUCUUUGUGUAUUCGUCUCAUUAUUUGCCGCUUUGUUUGCCAUCAGCAGCAAAGAGAGUGUCGGCGCAGCCUUUGCGGGACUGGCACUCGUCCUCUCGAUGCAGUUAAGCGGUUUAUUACAAUUCGUGAUUCGGUUGGGCGUCGACGCAGAGACCAGAUUCACAUCCGUUGAGAGGAUUUCUAUGAAUAUUCAGACGUUAAAACCGGAAAAGGAUGUCAUCACACAAAUCAAUACAUCUCUUGUGGAUAACUGGCCCACAAGAGGAAGAAUCAGUUUUAGAGACGUAACGAUGCGCUACAGACCCGGUCUUAAGCUGGCGCUCAAAGAUAUUACUUUUGAUAUCAGUCCUCAAGAAAAGAUUGGUAUUGUUGGCCGAACCGGUGCGGGAAAGUCAUCCAUAGCUUCGGUUUUAUUCAGAUUAGUUGAACUCACGUCUGGUUCCAUACAUAUCGAUGGCGUCGACAUAUCAGAGGUGCCUCUCAAUGAACUGCGAUCUCGUAUAUCAAUCAUACCUCAGGACCCGAUCCUAUUCCGCGGUUCAAUCAGAAAAAAUUUGGAUCCGUUUAACGAAUUCAAGACACUUUAG